AUGAAGAUCGAUGACAGCAAGGUUUUAUAAAUGAUCGUCAUUUUUGUGUUUUAACUAUUGCUCUUUUUGGUAAGGACAAUAAGAAGAUACAAUCAGAAUAUUUAUGUCACAAUUCUGUUUAUUUAAAAAAUCUAGGUUUUAGGAUUGCGACGCCCGUUUCUUUUUCUCUUUUUUUUUUUUCUUUUUUUUUUUUGACUUGGGGGAUGUAAAAUGUGAAAUGGUUCAUAGCCCGUUGUUGGGAAAAUUGUUGGUUGUGAGAUAUUCUCACACUAACACGAUUAUUACUCAGUAGAUUAUUACUUAUUAUAACAAUCUAUGAAUCAAGCUGGAUGAAAAUUUGAGGGUAAAUUAUUGAUAUCAUAAAGAAGCACUUGUGAUGUGAUCUUGAGUGUGACUGCUAACGUUUCCUAUGCCCAUUCAGAUUUGAUUUAGAACCGUUGUUUCCAUUGAGUUUUUUUCAGCUUAAAGUUUCUUUGUUCGGGUUGUCCAUUGUGCGAAUUGUGCGACUUCUUUAUUCAUCCUGUAUCAUGUCUGUUAAAUGAUAAUUUUGUUCUAUUUAGAAUCAGCGAACUUUUCAUUAUGAUUCCAAUUACUGGAGCAGCAAGGAAGAAUACAAUCUUCCUGGAGGAGAGACUGGGUUUGACCAAUUGGAGACAAAGUUACCGACUUACUGGAACUCAUCCUUCUCCAAGAUCUGUCUCGGUAUGAAGAUUGACCAACAGCUCAGGUUCAUUGUCAUCCACAAGCAGGCUGACUCUCUGUACUCACUUAUCGCUGAUGGGCAAUACCGAAACACGUCGCUGGGACGUGACACAUGGAGAUCCUUAACUGGUCCAAAGGCCUCCUCGCAGAUUUACUGUAACAGAGAGGGGUUCGAUCUUUAUCCAUUGACAGCUUAUUUGGAGUUUAAGGCUGCCAAAGCAAGGAUCGGUUUUAUCACCAACAAUGCAAAUAACUGCAAUGAUGUUGAUACCAGAAUUGGAUUUGGUACAGGAGGGCCACAUGAUGACAACAACGCGUGUAGAAUCUUUGCAGAUGAAAGCGGUCUUGAUAAUGGGUCGAAGUUCAUGAAAGCCAUGGGGUACAUCUUGGUGCAGUGA